AUGUUUUCAAGAGCAACUACUACUUUGUUGAAGGGAUCAGUGAGCAGGGCUUUUCCAAAGACCUUGCCUAAGACUCUCCCAAAAUCAGCACUCCUGUUCAAGACUGCCCAGAGAAGUAUUUACUCCGAACUCGGAUAUGAGUCCCAUUCUAUUCAAGAAUUCAAAGGUAACAAGAGUACUGGAGCAAUUGAAUUAUGGAGAGAAUAUGAAGAUGAAUCAAACGCUUUGACCUUGAAGGACCAUGAUGAGAUCUCUGACUAUGUUUUAAAAAUUUCUAGAGAUUACUUCAGAACUACUAAGAAAGCCACUCUUGAACUUGAGAGCAGUUAUAGAGACCAUGGAUUAGAUAGUCUUGAUGUGAUCGAGCUUAUCAUUCAGGUUGAGGAUGAUCUCGGAUAUGUGAUUGAUGCAGAAAACUUGGAAAAAUUCCAAAAGCCAAAGCAUUUUGUUAACUUUAUUAAGCAGAUCGAAGCUUAUAAGGAAGAAUUCGGAAAAUUGCCACAUGAGGGAACAAAGGCAACCUUCUCCAUGGAUACUAUCAAGAGUCUCUUCCAAGGCGAUAAGCAUUAA